AUGCCGCACGGGGCACAUCCGGUUCGGCUGUUCGCCACGGAUUCUUCGGAAGUGGACCUCACGAAUUCCACUUGCAUGCGGGCUACCGAUGACGGUGAGAGGAUCAUUAUCCCAGAUCGUCGCACCUGCGUGGCCACUGGAUUGAGCCUGAACGGGGCUCUGUUCAUCUCUCCCAAAGAGCAUCUGGAUGCUUUGAUUUUUGUUGCUGGACAAAUGGGGCCUGGCGUGAUGGACGGCACUGGUUCCUUCCUGGAGUCUGUGAGUUCCCAGGAACUUGCCUACUGGCUGACGGUCACCGACUGGGAAGCCUUCCAGUGUAUCCAUCCCUACGAGUUAUUGUACAAAGUAUUGGAAGGAGAAUCGUUGUCGGGGCAGCCGAUGACGGGAAACCUGGACGUCUUCAUUCGUCGCACCAGUGAACUGCAGUAUUGGGCCGCGACGGAAAUACUCGGCUCUCAUGAGGAAGUUCAUCAAAGUGGCUGCCUAGUGAGUUCCUGCCAGGAAUACGGAAACGUGAACGGGGCCCUGGCCAUAGUGAGCGGACUGUCAACCCCGGCCAUUUCCCGACUGAACCACACCUGGGAGAAGUUGCCCACGCGGAUCCGGAAAGUUUUCGGGGAGCUGGAGGGUCUCACGGACCCGUCGCGGAACCACCGCCGGUACCGGAUGUACGUCGGCACCCUCAAGCCGCCCGUGAUUCCCUACAUGCCCAUUCUGCUCAAAGACAUGACUUUCUCGCACGAAGGCAACCAGACCCUCCUUGACAGCUUGGUGAACUUCGAGAAGAUGCACUUGCUGGCGCAGAGUUUAAGGAUGAUGCGGGCUUGUCGAGCCCGGAGCUGGGAAAUACCACCGCCGCCGUCGACAAAAUCGGAAGCUGAAGUGCGAUCUUACGUGACGUCACUUCACGUCAUCGACUGCGAGCGCAUUCUCAAUCAAAUGUCUCAACGUGUCGAACCGAGAAGAUGACGAGACAGACGUUGUGCAGUGAACGACAUCUACCAAAAGUAGCAAAUAACAUAUUCGCAGAGUUUCGACGAAGAAACCUGGAGGAGGGGGUACAGCUACAGCUUUCCGCGCCGGAGGACGAUUGAGGAGCUAGAUUGUUGGACUUGAGGAAAGUGCUGUUUUCAAAGCUCAGAAUUUUUCAAAAAUUGGAUGGACAGAAACGACUUUGCUGUGAUUCGACGAAUGAAAUUUUUAGGGAUACAAAUGAUGCGGUUUGCAUUUUUUUUGUGAACAUCGCGUCUGUUAUUGUCGCUUUAAUGAGUGAAAGUUGUUUUUUGUGUGCCUCCAUUGCGCGCGAAUGUUCCUUGAUCGUUGGUACCUGUUCCGUAAGUGUGCUUCGUUUUAUCCCCUUUUAAAUACCUGAAGACGACUUUAGAUACGCUAAAAGGAAAGAUUGAAUCAUAUCUCAAGAUUGGCCGAAUUUGAACGUUCGUUGCUGAGAAAGAAGCAGUUGUGUACAUAUCUUUACAGCAACUCGAUAUAAUUUUGAACCUCGUGUGUUACGUGUACCGUGUUUUUAUUUUCCUUUUUUAUUUCCGAAAAAGUGAAGUUUUUUCCGGCGACUAUCAUAUAGAUGAAUCGCGGAAAAUGGGCAUUUCGAUUAUGGGUGAUUCGUUGAUGUGCUUUGCGGUUAUAUUUGAACCUCAAAUGAGUCUAUUUUGAACGGUCCUUUACACGUGUGAUGCACGUGUGAUGUGUAUAAAAUAGUUGUUUGAUGCGAGGAUCGGAAUACCCAAAAAAAACCUGGUGAUGAUGUCUCCUUCAUAUUGUUCCUGAUGGACCCUUUUUUUUGGAAAUUAAAGGCGUAUUCUUCCCCUU